CUCAAUCAUUAGUUCCCUUCUCUUCCCAAAUUACCCCUCUCCUCUUCCUUCCUUCCUCUCUGCCAUCAGCCAUGGCCGCCAUUACCGCCAUUAACGCCUCCUUCUAAGCUCUACACCCUCUUCUUCUUCUUCUUCAUGUCAAAUUCUGAAACUGCCGACAGCUCUAAUGGCGCCGCCAUCGACACCCACAAAAACCAGCCCUCUUCCAACGGAGCCCUCGCCGUUAAAAAGCCCCCUUCCAAGGACCGCCACAGCAAGGUGGACGGCCGUGGCCGUCGCAUCCGUAUGCCCAUAAUCUGCGCCGCUCGUGUCUUCCAGCUGACGCGUGAACUUGGUCAUAAAUCCGAUGGCCAAACCAUCGAGUGGCUCCUCCGUCAAGCAGAGCCUUCAAUUAUUGCUGCCACCGGCACCGGCACCACUCCCGCUAAUUUCUCUUCCAUCUCUCUCUCCGUCAGAGGAAAUGCCAGCUCCGCCUCUCUCUCUUCCACUACUUCCACUCUCUCCCUCUCUCGCCCCCAGCCGUUCAUUCUUGGCAAACGUGUCAGAGCCGACGAUGACGGCGGUACUGACGAUGGGUUGGGAGUGGGUCCGAGUGGGUACUGGGCGAUUCCGGCCAGACCGGAUUACGGGCAGGUGUGGAGUUUCGCGGCUGCCGCCGCCGCGGAACAGGGGAUUUCUCAGCCGGCGUCGUUGUUUGCUCAACAGCAGCAGCCGAUUAGAGAAUCGUCGGCCGCGAGAGUUGGGAAUUACCUUCCGGGUCAUCUGAAUUUACUGGCGUCCUUGUCCGGUGGCGGCGGUGCCGGCCGGCGGGAAGACGACCGUCGUUGAGAUAAUCCUAGAAACUAUCCGAAUUCAUCGUAUUUUGUAUAAAUAUCUGUGUGUCAAUCGCUUUCUUGUGUGCAGCUAUAACGUAAUUUUAGUCGGAAUUUACUCGGAAUCCCAAUUCUUAGGUCGAAUUUCAUUUUAGAAUUUGAAUUUUCUAGAGUUCUUUUGGUCGGAUGAGAAAACAGAACAAGAAGAACAGAACAGAGCUGGAAUCGGAGCUCUGGUUUUUGGUCGGAAUGAGCUUGUUUGAAGCAGUGGCGGCCAUUGGAGACGUUUCAGAACCUUGAUCUUCAUCCAUGGAAUUUCAAAUUAGAGUUUAUUUGGUCGGAUGAGAAAACAGAAAAAGAAGAACAGGAACAGAGCUGGGAUGAGCUGGAAUCGGAGCUCUGGUUUUUUGGUCAGAAUGAGCUUGUUUAAAGCGGUGGCCGCCAUUGGAGGUGAUUCAGAACCUUGAUCUUCAUCCAUGGAAGCUGCAAUCUGGGUCUGUAAGACCUCUGUUUUUUCCGAAGAAUUUGAAUUGUAUUCUUAGAAUUUGUUGGGUGUGACAAUAAUGGUGUUUCUAUUGUGGAUUGUUUCUGGGGUUGAUCUGAUAUGAAUAAGAAUUCCAUUGUUAUGGCUAAAA